AGAUACAGGCACCUCCGUUGUGGCAAAUGAUCUGGGAUGCUAAAUGACCUGCAGGAGAGACCAGCCAAGUAACUCAUUAGAAAAGAGACACUCGGCUCCUGACCUCCUUACAGCCUUGGUUCAAACGUAGACAAAAAAGACUGAAUUCCAAAGAACUGCAGCGGAGACACGGAAGUAUUCAGCGAACACGCCCAAUAUCUGGUGCUAACUUGGCAGCUGGGUGAACAGUUACGUCGUAGAGGUACAUUGCUGAGUCCAGAUGGGUUUGUUGACCUCCAAAGAAGCUAAAAGGAAACAUGCUCGUAUUUUGAUGUUGGGCCUGGACGCAGCGGGUAAAUCCACUUUGUUGUACAGAUUAAAAUUCGGAGAUACUGAAUUUUUCACAUCCACCACUAUAGGCUUCAACGUGGAAAUGCUGGAGCAUAGUAAAAGCGUUACCCUUACACUUUGGGAUAUAGGAGGACAGCACAAGAUGCGACAGUUUUGGCCGUAUUAUUUUCAAGACACCGAUGGGCUUGUUUUUGUUGUGGACAGUGCAGAUAAGGAGCGGAUGGAAGAUUCCAGGAGAGAAUUUGAACGGAUGCUAAAAAACGACUGGUUGAAAGGCAUCCCCGUGGUGGUCAUAGCAAACAAGCAAGACCUUGCCGAUGCGCUGUCUACAGAGGAAAUCACCAAACGUUUCCACAUGAAUAGAUGGUGCUCAGAUCGAGACUGGUAUGUACAGCCAUGCUGUGCCAAGACGGGGGAAGGGUUAACGGCAGCCACUAAGAUGAUAAUCUCAUACGUCAAAAAGAAAAUGAACUCUAAAAGCGAAGAAACGGGCAGUGAUAUUCAAGAGGACAGGUUAUAAUUAAUGUUCCAAACGUUGUAAUAUUGUGGUGAUUCUUGAGAAUCUUUUCGAUGAAACUACAAACACGAACGGUUCACCUAUUUUGUAGUAAUAGUGAUUAAACUGAACCUAAAAUCCGACGAUUAAGAAUUCUAAGGCUGCCAAAUUGGAACAGAUAAGAAAGAAUAUGGAAAGAAAUUGUCAUCACAUUGGUAUUGCAGAAACUGUAGUUGCCAUGCCUUCAGCUGCCUGUACCCGAAGCGGUUCAUAUCCAUCUGUACACAGCUCCCACCCCCCUUUUUUUCCUUUCAAAUCUCUCCUUAACACCUACAUCCUUGAUUGUUUCUGUCAUUUGUACUAACAUAUUCUGAUGUGGCAAGAACCUCGCAUCAAGCCUCUUGGUAUGUUUGCUUUAAAGUGUUAUACA